CAAAAGUGAUAUCCUGCAACAUUAUUUGUAAAGUUGAUCCAUGUCAGAAAGAACUUCGCGUUCAUGACUACUAUAUGAAAUAAAAUUAGUUGAUUAGUUUUGACAAAAAAAAAGAAGUUAUACAAAUUUACUUUCACACCGAACUUUUGGAAUACUCUGUAGAUUUUUUUUUACUAAGAAUUAGAAGGGUAUAAGUCAAAAACCACUUUUAGUAUGUAAUGAGCACUAUGGUAGAAACUAUUGUCCCUUUUCUCUAUUUGACAAUCUGUUCCUUGUUUAUCAAAUUCAGAAUUCACUGCUAAGAGCUAGAUAAAUGACUGAUUUAUUUAUGCAUCGACAUCAUUAACCGAACGUUCUAAUGAAUAUAUAUCUUUCGAAGUGUUAUUAGGUCAUAGGGAUCUUUUCAACUGAUGACUCAGAGAAAUUCAAGUUGAUUAUCAAAUUAUUAUACUUUCUAUACUCUAGCAAACUAUUUUCAACUGUUGAACGAAAUGACUGAUGGGAUAAAUGCAUGGCUGUUGUAACUCUUCGUCUGGAUCUCGGAUAUUUUUGUCAAAGACGACUGAGGAAAAUGUAGAUUUCUAAACUUAAAAAUACAGCUUUGCAAGAUCGAUGCAAAUAGUAGAAAGUUAUUGACUUGAAAGAAUAAGAUACAAUGAUUAUAUAGUUAUAUACAGUUAGAGUCAAAAGCCAAUUAUACUUGUGCAAAUGUAAAAAUAUGUAAUUGAAGCUGCGUUGUACGAGUGUAGAUACAUAGAUAUUGAUAAAAGUGAAGCUAGCGCAAAGAUUAAUAGCGAAAGUUAGGAACUUCAAAAUGCUAUUGGAAUUUUUUCUAAUUCUGGAAACUUUUUAAUAUAUGAAAAAAAGAGAAAAUACUAUGAAGGAACAUACCGAAAAAUAUAUUAGAGAAAGACAUGCACAAAAAUAUCUCAACCCAAAAAAACGUUUAUUGAUUCGACACAGAGAGUCAACCACAGAAAUAAGUAUGUUAUAUGACUGAAGCAAAGCCUGUUUAAAAAACCACGAAAAGGAUACUAAGUAUACAAGUGAAACACUAUAGACAUAGAUGCAGGAAUAUAUUGUUGUUGAUAUGACAUAAACUAAUUAUUAUUGAAGAAAUAUAACUAAGCAAUUUCCAAUAGACAACAUACGUAGAAUAUGAUUCAGUAUUCUACUAAAUUAUUACUCAAGAUCUCUAAGAUUCAAUGAAAUUUCUAGUAUAGUCUAAAGUAAGAAUUAUGAUACAUCUUGCAGAAAUCUAAACAAGAGAUUCAUAGACAUGUAAUCAAGUUUGAACAAAAUGAUUUGAUAUAAGGUUUUGAUUAUUUUUCAAAACAAUUAGAUUUUCUUCAUUAUCCAAUACAAGAUUAUUUGAAAUAAAGAAAGUAUUUGAAGAUUGGAGAGUUAAAUCUUGUCAUAGAAUUGUGAUCUAAAAAACAUCUGAAAUACUUUUAUAUAGAGAAAAUAACUGUAAAUAUAAUAGUUUAUAUUUUUUUUUUAUUAGAAACAUGGAGAACCUCUUCAUUUUAAUGUUAAUAUCUGGCAGACACAAUCAAAUAUUAAUAACUCUUAUGGUCUUUGUACAGGUUCGACAUGUAAUUCACAACCUAAACGAAAUCUCCUAAUAGAUUAUAAAAGAUCUUCUUAUUCUAUUGAUGUGAUUAUACUUAUUUGUAAUAUUUAUAUUGGUAAUUAUCUUAAAAGUAUGGCACCUGAACCAUGCGAACGAUCAUUACAUUACAACAGAACAAUUGAGAAUGUGCAAAAAGCAUGUAGAGCUGAUGUACAACUAGAAGAUUGGCCUCAUGCAGCAGCAGGAAGUCUUGAAGUAUUAUUUGUCGAAGAUCAAGUGAACUCAGGAAAUAUCAUAACAAUGGCUGAUAUUCAAACGAAUUUUCACACAAAUUUAGAAGAUAACUUAAUGAAACUAGCAGAGACAAUAGAUUUGUCAAGAGAUGAAGUCGACGAGAUGUUAGCAAGCAGGGCUCGAAACGGGUCACUUUUUCAUGGUACGGACCGGCCCAAACCGGUCCAAAACUAA